AUGAGCUAUUCUGACUUUUCUUUCAAUAGCUCCCCUACGAUAGAGGAGAUCAGACACAGUCUAGCACACACGUUACACUUUGUGAGGCGAGAUGAUUAUUCAGCAAACCAGUCUCUUUUAGAUCAAUGCAGCUUCAAAUUAGAUCAAGCGUCAACACAAUUGGAUUAUGACUGUAUGGAGAAAUCAGUUAUUGCAGUGCUAAUGAAUGUACCUGUCCUACCUACAAAUAACUCGAAAAAAAACAGUCAGCAUACUUUUAAAGAGACUGGUACUCUUUAUAAUGAAAACAUUUUAUUAUUCCAUGCGUACAUUAGAGAAAUAGCUGUAUCGAUAAUGUUUGUUAAAGGUUGUCCUUUGAAAACUGGUCGAUUAUCUGAGAUAUUAUCAAGAGAUGAAUUAGCAGAUUUGGUGAAAUUCAUUGCUUGGAAUUUUAAACCAUUGUUUUAUAUUGUUUUAGAUUCUACUCCGUUUCUUUUAAACAAUUCAAGAUUAGUUAUUGAGGCAACUUUACAAAAAUAUUUCCUUGAUAUUUCAAGACAUUUAAGUAGAACUCAUUUACAAAAACUUUUCCAAAAAAUUGUCCCACAAAAAUUUCAAAUCAAACCUUACCCAUCUACAAUAAUUCAAAGUCAUUUAGUUAAAUUAAUUAAAUCUCAUGGAAUAGAAUCUCCCUUUAUCGGAACAUCAACCGGUAUAACAUUCGCCAGAGGAAUAGAUUUUAAAAAAUGUAAUUACAUUUAUAUUGAACAACCAGGUGGAUUCCCUCAUAGGCCAAGAGAUGAACUGAAAACCUUACAUUUAAAAGAUAUAUACCCAAAUUUAUCACAAGUGGAUUUAAUUCAUGAUGAUAUUGUUAAACUUUUAACAAAAUUGGAUAUUGUCCCUUUUAAAAGAAUUAACACUAAUCAAAUUGUUAAGCCUGUGAUAUUACCUUCUAAUUCAGCUGGUCCAUAUGAGGAUGAUUUCAAGUUUAUCGCUGAAUUAACUGAACUACAAAUGAUUAAUGAUGUUGGCAUAUAA